AUGAAGAAUCAACAAUCGAAUCGAUCUACCAUUCCCCAAUCCCUGCUUGAGCUCAAUGCCAGCAGAAUGCUCUCAUCCGAUAGUGUGGUCUUAUUGGCAGACUCCUCUGCUGAAAAUAAGAGCGACAGUACGAGAUCCUGCUUGGAAAAGGAUAGAAUCAUUGGCAUUCUAGACGAGGUCUUGGAUAUUUUGGAAGACGGCUUCUUGGACGACUUUCAAGAAACUACAAGCAGAAAUGAUUUCCAUCGUACUACGAAGGAUACCAUUCCAAACCCAGACAACAGAAGGCAGCACUAG